GAUUUUGAGAAUAAAAGAACAGAAAUUUUCACUAUUUGGUACUUUAUCAAACGAGCCCUAAAAGUUUCAAACCAUAAAAGAGGUCAAAUCAAGACCUAGACAUUAUAAAGGGGCAAAGAGAUCUCAUGGCUCUUUUCUGUACUCGAGGAAUCUAAAUUUCCAUCACGGCCGGUACGGUUAUAACAACAUAUGUUUUUAUCAUAAUUUCAAUACGAAACAUCAUGACACACACAUAUAUAUAUGUUGAAAUUUUUUUCAGUAAAUGGCUGUAGUAUAUAGUUCGCAUAGUUUAAGGUGAGUGUUUCAUGCCCUCAUGCCAUGCCGGUUCAAUACCUCGAACCCAAGUGCUUUACGCUCUGCACCCACCUCGUCCCUCGUCCCCUGUUUCGCUCAUCUUCCGAAGCUCGCAAGGCCACCGCCAGCAAUCACAAACCCACCAAGCGAGCCCACAAAUCCAAAGCCUCCACCUUCUCCUUCCGGAAAUCGGCCCCCACCCCUCUCUUGUCCGAUCGCAGGCACCGCCCUCGGACCAAGCUCGAAGCUCUCGAUCGAGUGGUCGACGACCUCGAGGCCUCGAAGGCCAAUGGCGUCGCCAUCGACGUCGGGAUCUUCGCUUCCGUUCUCGAGGCUUGCUACCAGUUACGGGCCUUCGACCAUGGCGCUCGGGUUCACCGCUUGAUACCCACCAACCUGUUGAGGCGGAACGUGGGGUUGUCGUCGAAGCUGCUGCGGCUGUACGCCGCGAGCGGCCGCGCCGGUGAUGCCCACGAGGUGUUCGACCAAAUGCCCAAGCGGGACGCGUCGGCCUUCGCGUGGAACUCGCUCAUGUCGGGGUACGCCGAGCUGGGUCAGUACGAGGAUGCCCUCGCGCUCUACUUUCAGAUGGAGGAAGAGGGUGUCGAGCCCGACCGGUAUACUUUCCCCCGAGUUCUGAAGGCUUGUGCUGGAAUUGGGUCUAUUCGGAUUGGCGAGGCGGUGCACAGGCACGCGGUCCGUACCGGGUUCGUUUGCGAUUGCUUUGUGCUCAACUCGCUCGUUGACAUGUAUGCCAAGUGCGGCGACAUUGUUCAGGCUCGCAAGGUGUUCGACAAAAUGCCGAGUAGAGAUUUGGUUUCUUGGAAUACAAUGUUGACGGGUUACAUACAUCAUGGGCUUUUGGUGGAGGCGGUGGAUUUAUUUCAUAGGAUGCUCCAGGAUGGAUUUCGGCCGGAUUCAGUGGCAAUAUCCGCCAUUCUAACUGGUAUUCCAUCAUUGAAGCUUGGGCUCCAAGUGCACGGUUGGGUUGUUCGGCUAGGAUUGGAGUGGACCUUGUCCAUUGCCAAUUCUUUGAUUGUUGUCUAUUCUAAUCACGGGAUGUCAGAUAAAGCGAGUUGGGUUUUUGACAACAUGGCCGAACGGGAUGUUGUGUCGUGGAAUGCUAUUAUAUCUGCCCACUCCAAACUCCCUCAUGCCCUGUCAUAUUACGAGCAAAUGGAAGGGGCUGAUGUUUUGCCAGAUUGCAUUACAUUUGUGGCAUUGCUAUCCACCCUUGCUCACUUGGGUCUCGUCAAAGACGGUGAAAGGUUGUUUGCAAGAAUGAGAGAGAAAUAUAGAAUUGAACCCAGCAUGGAGCACUAUUCUUGUAUGGUUAAUCUGUAUGCAAGGAAAGGGAUGGUUGAUGAGGCUUAUGCGAUGAUUGUAGAAAGAAUGGAGUUUGAGGCUGGCCCAACUGUUUGGGGAGCUCUGCUGCAUGCUUGCUAUGUUCAUGGCAACGUCGAAAUAGGAGAAGUCGCUGCUGAAAAGCUCUUUGAACUGGAGCCAGAUAAUGAACACAAUUAUGCGCUUCUAAUUAAGAUUUAUGAGAAUGCUGGCAGAUUGGAUGAUGUGGAGAAGAUGAGAAUUAUGUUGGUGGAGCGAGGGCUAGAAUUGGAGACUUGCUAGGCUGCACAAAAGGGGAAGGGUUAGAACCUGUGAGAUUUCCUUUGUAAUAUCCUGGAAUUUUACAUGUACACAUCGAAAGGAGCAUGUAAUUCUUGAUCUUGACCCUUGUAUGAUCUUCCUCUAUGGAUGGAUUGUGACAACAGUCAAGAGAUAAUUACCUUAAAUUUCACUUACCAAA